AAGUAAUAAUGUUUUUUUAAGGAUUCGUUUUAAUAUUUGAAUAUUUUGAAUUUGAAAAAGUAUUUAAUAAAGAAAUGAUAUUAGUUAAAUAAUUAUUUAGAAUGGGCGAGAAGAAGUUUUUAACACUUGUAUGAUCAAAAAUUUGUAAAAUUAACCUCAAAAACAUAACCUAUAUAUAUGCAUAUAUAUGUAUGUAUGUAUAUAUGUAUAUAAAAUUGCAGAUCAAUAAUUAUAUCAAAUUCCAUAACAAGAAAUAAAGAAGCAAUACACUAAAAGUAAUUUUUUUAAAUUUUAUCUAAAGGAAAGACGAAUAAAAAGCAAGAGUGUUUUCAUUACUGAAAAGCCUAAAAAAAAUAUUAUAAAGUAGAAAAACGACGAUCGUUUCGUGUUUGUAGGGAAAAUUGUGAGUUGAUGAUCCGACCGUAGGGCCGAUCUUUGAAAAAGAAUAAAUUCUCGAUCAGUCGUAGAGUUCGGCGAAUUUAUUUAGGGAUGGGGUCGUAAGUUUUGGUCACAGGAAUAAUUGGAUAAUUCGCGUUUUACGAAGUGCGCUAAGUACGUUGCGCCGUGUUGCGCCGUUGACACUCGUCGUCCACACAACAGAUUUGGUAUUAACAAGAAAAGUAUUUGAAAUUUAUAAACUUGAAGAUAAGAUGGCCACAAACACUGUCGACGACCAAUAUUUCUACGAAGACGUCGUUUACAGGGUUGACAAGAAGAACAAUGUUGAAUUUGGCAUUAUUAUGGAAAAUGACGAUCAGGAUAUGUCCGAUGACAGUUCUGCCAACGAGGAAAGUCCUAAAAGAAAAAAAGGAGAAAUCCGCGUAGUAUGGCAUCCUUCCGGUGUCGAGGAACUCGUUAAUUCCAAAAAGGUUCAUCUUGCAGAUAGAACUUUAAUGCCAGGAGAUGUUGUGCGGCGUAUGAUAAAAGGAAAAGAUACUCAGAGAGGUUAUUGUAGAGACAUUGAACUCUCAGCAUGUGUUCAAGUCAUUGGUUCAAAGCAAGUUCUCACGAACAUUAAAAGCGAGGAUCUGGUUCCACUCGAGGAAUUCGCAACAGACAUUGCAGUUUGUAUGGAUUCAUGGGUCGGUGGAAUCAGAAUUGUUCAUUUUAAAUUGUGGCUGGCCACUCCCGAUGGAUCUCGAUGUGUCAUUAAUGAAAUGGAUGCACGAGGUUUAGAGAACUUUGAGGAAAAACGGGAUAACGAGAACGAUUUCCCGCAUUCCUCGGAAUUCUAUCCUGGUCAAAGUUUAUGGGGACCUGUUCACUGUCUUGAAGACGCGCAAUGGAUUCAAUGCACAAAAGAAAUGAAAGCGAAACGUAAAUCAAAGCCACAAAGAAUUACAAAAGUAAUUGUUGAAAAAGUGGAAACAGAUUGGGUAGGUGUACAUUGGCAGUGUAGGGCAUAUUCAAAAGACGGAGUAUGGUCGGAUCAAGCUCAACCAAAAUUCGUAGUAGAAGGGGAAGAUCUCAAGAAAUUGAAAUUAUUAAACGUUUUCGAACCGUCAACACUUCAAAUUGGUGAUCGUAAUUUCUAUGUAAUUAAAGACAACGAAAAUGUUAUAACACGGGAACAGUGGAGAAAACAGCAGAAAGAAAAUUACCAAGUUCCUAAACACAGUCCAAGGAAAACGCGUUUCAGUGCUGCGAAAUGUUUAGAUGAUAAAACAAAGGACAAAGAUAGAGAGAAAUUAAAAAAUUCAACUUUAGAAAUUAAUUCUCAAAAUCAGCGACGAGGCAAUUGUACUCAAAGCAACUUGACAUCAGCUCCUAGUAAUGUUUUAGUACCUCCGUCACUACAUCAGCGGGCUGAGAGUUCUGAUGAAUGGGAUACGGAAGAUACUGGUUCUCAGAGCGACACUACUUCGAUAUCUAGUGGCUGUUCAAGUAUGUCUUCAAUGGGAAGGAAGAAAAAGGGUCCAGCGUUGAUGACAAAAGUUCUUAAGAAAAAAAAACUUUGUAAAGCGAGAAAAAAAGUGCCACCUCCACUUUUACUACCUGGUACUAAAAUAGUUGUGGAAACGUUAUCAACAAACACUAAAGCCAAUGUUGUUUGGCAGGAUGGAUCUGUUGAAUUUGGAAUUCCUUCAACCCAAUUGUAUCCAAUUCACCAUUUAGACGAUAAAGAAUUCUUCCCUGGAGAUUUUGUUGUUGAUCAGAAGGAAGAAUCAAGAAUGUAUGGAGUGGUUCAAAGUGUUGAUCAUCAAGGACGAACUGCAAAUAUUAAAUGGUUUAGAACUUAUACUUCUAGUCAAAGUCCACAGCCAAUAUUUAUAGAAGAGCGAGAAGUGAGUGUUUACGAUCUGAAGGAUCAUCCAGAUUUUCAAUACAGACCUGGUACACGAGUGAUUCGGAUAGCCAAUUUUGAAGGAGAGGAUGCGAAUUGUACAGCAGGUCAAGUAUUAGAUAAUUAUCCGGAGGGAAGAGUAAAAGUGUGGUGGAUUGACAGUCACAUCAGCAUGUGCUGGCCCCAGGAUCUUUAUAAGGUAGGAGAAUAUGACAGCGACGAGGGAGAGUGGGACGAUGUAUCUUCUGAUGCUUCUUGGGAAACUGAGCUUGAAGAUUGUUUCAUUGCCGACACUGAUUCAACUGAGCAAACGGAGAAUAUUAAACCAAAGUUAGCAGCUCAUAUAGAAAAAGCCCGAAAAGCAAUGUCCAGACUGGAGGAAAUAUUCACCCAAAAUCCAUCAUUGCAAACGACUGAGGUAAUGAGAAAAUUACUCGAAGUCUACAAGGAUUGUCGAUACAUGGAUAAAUUAAUGGGAACUUCUUUCUUUCAUGAAAGUCACUUCCAGGGAUUACUCGAGAGAGUUCGUGAGCGAGGGCGAGCCAAUGUUGCUCAAAGAAUGGCCGAUCAAGUAACCAGACUAUUUACUCAUCAACCAGUGGGUUCCGAAGAAGAAAUUAAUCCAAAUUUACAUAGUGAAAGUGCUCAAGAUGUGUCUGAAAAUGCAAUCGUGAAAAUUAAUAAUGAAUCAAUCGAAUCUUUCGAAGGUGAUGAGAAGAAGGAAUGUCAAGAACACGGGGAUAUAAAAAAUCUCUUUAUUAAUGUUAAUCCAAAUCCUGAGGACUCGGGAUUAUUCUCGGCGGACAAUUCAAAGAAGGAGUCAGGCUCCAGCGAGUCGAGUGGGGAAUUUCUGCUCAGUGAAGAUGCCAAUCGUACACUUUUUGCCAGGGAAAAUAUUGACUCUGAGAAAGUUGGUGUACAAGAACUAAAAUCUCAAGAACCUAUUAAUUACUAUCUUGGAAGUUCACAUGUUUGUGUGAAACUAUGCACGUUGAUAAAAGCGCAAUUAGUCCUAGCUCACGCGGAAGUCACGAAAAGAUUCGGUCUAUCAAAAAUUUCAUUGUCAGACGCUACGAAAAACUCGUCACCAGCUAAUAUCCCCCAAAAGGAGGAAGAGAAGAAUUUGAAACCUGUUUUGAUCGAAGAAACAUUAGACACUUCGGUUGAGAUUCCUCCACUGAUUUAUACUGAAGGUGAAGGUUUUACGAUCGAUGAAACAGCUCCUGAUUGUCAUAAAUUUAAACUCACCAUGUUCCAACCAACAGAUCCAAGCAAUUUCUUUAGAACUGUUUCUAAGGAAAUCAAGCUAUUAAAGAGUUCACUUCCGCCAGGAAUAUGGGUAAAGGGAUUUGAAGAUAGGAUUGAUCUUUAUUCAGUUAUGUUCCGAGGUCCAGAAAAAACUCCUUAUGAAGAUGGACUUUUUCUCUUUGACUUUCAAUUAUCCGCUGAUUAUCCAGUUGCGCCUCCAUUGUGCCAUUAUAUUUCCUAUUGCAGUGACAGGUUAAAUCCCAAUCUGUACGAGGACGGAAAAGUGUGUAUUAGUUUAUUAGGAACAUGGGCUGGUCGUGGAACAGAAGUCUGGACAAGUUCGUCGACUCUUUUGCAAGUAAUCGUUUCAAUUCAAGGUCUUAUCCUUGUGCCGGAGCCUUAUUUCAACGAAGCUGGCUUCGAGAAACAAAGAGGAUCACAACAAGGACGUGAAAAUUCGAGAAUGUAUAAUGAAAUGGCUGUGUUAAAACUGGUGCAAGCACAAACUAAACUUUUGCAACAUCCGCCGCCUAUUUUUAAUGAUAUUAUUGUCGAGCAUUUCAAACGUCAUGCCGAGAAACUUGUCGAGAGGUUGGAUUGUUGGAUGGAAAUUUCUGAACAUCACAAUAAUCAACACCCAUUAUCUCCUUGUACUCCAACGAAGUUCAAAGAAAUCGCUGAAGUUGAUGAAUCAAUUUUGCCUGAAUUCCCUCUGAUACCGGCUUCGAGAGGUUUCUGCAUCACUCUUAGGAAAACUUUAGUAACAUUUAAACGUACUCUUAUAAAAGAAGAUGUAGUCAAAUUACCUAACCUACCAGAAGUGGAUGAUUCUCUUAUUUUUACUCAAGAAAAUGAAAAUUCUCCGCAAAAUCAAUCGACAAACACUGAUUUUUAUAAUAGGAGUGAGAUGGAAGAAACUGAUUCUCACUUGACGUCAUACAUUCAACAGCAAGCAGAUGUUGUAGAUUCUCUUUCAUCUACGGGUAGUCUAACGUCUAUUACGAACGAGACGAAAAAAAAUUCAUCUAAGCAAAAUUCUAGCUAGCCUCAAGGUAAAUUUAAGCACCUACUAUGCGAAAAUAAUUUGGCGUUCAUUUUAAUAUUACAUAUUAAAUUAACUGUAAUAUAACAAUUUUUCAAUUCUUAUUCACGUACAUUUAAAAUAUAUCAAAUUUUAAGAAACUUAUUUUCAAACAUUUAAUUAAAUUAACACAAAUUAAUUUAAUUAAUUUAAAGAAAUGGAACUUUGAGUUGUAAAUCACAUGAAACGAAAGUAUUGCUUAAAAAUAGAGUAAAAAGAAAACAAAAGAUACUGAAAACGAUUUAUUAUGUAAAUUCAAGUCUGCUUUGACCGUUUGUUGGUAAAAGUAACAAGUUUAGCAAUAUUUAUUUUGUAACCUAAAUCAACGCCGAAAACACCAUGUGCAUUUAAUUUCUUGUAAUUAUCAUUGAAAAACAAUUGCUAGUCGAAUAA